AAUGUGUGUAUUGGUAUAGGUGCGGUUUGCCUCGCUGCGGCAAAGCUGUGAAAUCUUCUGACGGUAGUACGCGUCAUUAUCAAACGAUACAACCACAUCAUACACUGAAAAUAUGGGUACUAACAACAAACGACUCAAGAAGGAACUAAUGGAAAUGCAGAGUGACCCCCCAGAGAAUUGUUCCGCUGGGCUUGUUGGUGAUGACAUGAAGUUCUAAUGUAAAGAUACAAACGUUUAGAAUAUUCAGUUCCUUGUUGGCUGACGUUGUGAAAUAUGAUCUUUAUUAAACCUGCAGUAUACCAUUGGCAAGCUUCAAUAUUUGGACCAGAAGGAACGCCAUAUGCUGGAGGUAUAUUUUUUCUUGACAUGAAGUUCCCUACAGACUAUCCGUUCAAGGCACCUACAAUCAGAUUUACAACAAAAAUAUAUCAUCCUAAUAUCAACAGUAAUGGAAGUAUAUGCGUCGACAUUUUAAGAUCACAGUGGUCACCGGCGAUAACUGUUAAUAAAGUUCUAUUGUCUUUAAGUUCUUUAAUGGCGGACCCUAAUCCCCGAGAUCCUCUUGUACCGGAAAUUGCCAAGCUGUACGAACAUGACUUGGCUAAAUAUAAUAAGAAUGCUAAAGAAUGGACCGAAAAGUUUGCACGCUGAUAGCGUGUGUGAUGGACAAACUUGAUAUAAUUGUGAGAUUAUGGUAUAGCAGGACGUAACAUCUAUAUAAAGCUAUCUGUGAUAUUAAGAAACAAAAAUAAACUUGAGAUAUAUUUACAAGGUAGGGAGUAACCAUGGUACUAUCUUACUCGAAAAAUCGUGAUGAAACAUUACUCAUCACGUUAAUUAUUAUGUCUUGGGUAAAAAAUCGUUAUAUGUCAAUAUAGUUACCAUUGGAUACAGCCAGACAUCGUUAUUAGGAUCAUGGAUGUCUCAUGUGCCAUUCAACUUUCGGUUCUGUUCAAAGGCCGGUCAGCUUAACGAGUCGUUCAUGCAUAUUUUUAGAAUGUGCUCUUUUUUUUUUUUUUUUUUUUUA